AGUUCCAGUAAGCCCAGAUGUAUGAGCUUGGGCUUUAAUCAAUGGGUUUAGUGGGCAGUGUUUAUACGUAAAUCUUAGACCUAUAAAUCAUUUGCUCCUGCAGAAAUAUUUUGAAAUAUGGAUGAUAAUGACUAUUCACUUCUUUACCCGCCUAAAAUCAAACUUACAGACACAUCUUUCUCUCCAGCUAAAAACUAAAUCAUCAUUUUGGCAAUCAAAAUGGUCUCAGUUUGCUUUAUGUUCCACAAAUACAAACCCCAAAGACACCUGUUUAUAUAAGGAACAAUUGCUUAAGUCCCAUUUCAAGAAAUGCUCCACCGUGAAAGAUUUGAAGCAAAUCCACGCUUGUAUAGUCCAAUCAGGCUUCGAACAGAACCUAUUUGUCAUAGGUAAAGUUAUUGUCUUUUGCGCUGUUUCAAAGCAUGUAGACAUGAAUUAUGCUGUUUCAGUUUUUGAAAAUAUUGAAUGCCCAGAUGAGUUUCUUUGGAAUACAAUGAUUAGAGGUUUUGGUAAGAGCAAUGAGCCUCAAAGGGCCUUUGAGUAUUAUAAAAGAAUGCAAGAAGAAGGGUUGAUGGCCGACAAUUUCACAUUCUCUUUCUUGAUUAAGGUUUGUGGGCAAUUGGGAUCAGUCUUGUUAGGGAAACAAAUGCAUUGCAGUGUAUUAAAAUAUGGGUUUGAAUCACAUGUCUUUGUUAGGAACACUCUUAUUCAUAUGUAUGGCAUUUUUAAGGACUUUGAAAUAUCACGCCAAUUGUUUGAAGAAAUUCCUAGUCCAGAAUUAGUAGCAUGGAAUACCGUAAUUGGUUGUUAUGUUGAUUGUGGUAGGUUUAAAGAAGCACUUGACAUGUUCUCCCGGAUGUUGAAAUUGCAUAUAGAGCCUGAUGAAGCUACGUUGGUUGUGAUUCUCGCAGCGUGUUCUGCUCUGGGAGAAUUAGAUAUUGGGAGAUGGAUUCAUUCUUGUAUUAGCAAUACUGGUCUUGGGAGAUUUGUAGAGAUCAAUAACUCUAUCAUUGAUAUGUAUGCCAAGUGUGGAGCUUUGGAAGAGGCAUAUGAAGCAUUCAAUAAGAUGAGCCAGAGGAAUACAGUGACAUGGAACACAAUGAUUUUAGGGCUGGCAACGCAUGGCCAUACAAAUGAGGCCUUGGUGCUAUUUUCCAAAAUGUUAGAACAAAAGCUUAUGGAACCAGACAGCGUUACUUUCUUGGGAGUUUUGUGUGCGUGUAGCCAUGGCGGGAUGGUAGACGAAGGAAGAAGAUUUUUUGAUAUUAUGAACAAAGAAUAUCAUAUUCAACCGACAAUUAAGCAUUAUGGUUGCAUGGUAGAUAUUCUGGGUCGAGCUGGGUUUGUGGAGGAGGCUUAUGGAUUAAUUAGUAGCAUGCCAAUGGAAUGCAAUCCCAUUAUAUGGAGGACAUUAUUGGCAGCUUGUAGAUUGCACGGAAAUGUUGAACUUGGGGAGAAGGUGAGAAGACAUCUUUUGGAAUUAGAACCAGAUCACAGUAGCGAUUAUGUCCUCCUUGCAAACAUGUACGCGAGCAUGGGACAGUGGAAUGAAGUAAUGAGAGUGAGGAACUCAAUGCAAAAGAGGGGAGUUCAGAAACCUGAGCCAGGCAAUAGCUUUAUUGGCAUGCAUCCUAAUAUGAGGUGCGAAUAAGAUCCUCUUGCGUUCUACAAACAUACCUUCGCCUAACCCUGAUCUUAAAAUUUGAAGAUGGAAGCUUCAGCUUUAUGAGAAACUCAAUUCCUGUAUUUAUUUUGGUUUUCACAAAACAAGCAAAAACUGGAUAACUCGUAACUUCAGACAUGCCUCUUGGCAACAAGGAUCGUAAGCAUACAACAUAUGUUUCAGUACAUAAAAGAUGCCCUUUUUAGUUUGGUAACAGACCAGCAUAAACCAAUUCUCUGUUGUGGUUACAGAUGUAAAGUUGUACCGAGUUCUCCAAUUGGUGACUGCCUAAAUUAAGUGGAUUUCUUAUGUUGUUUC